AAUUUCGUGCAAAACUUUUUUGCCGUGAGUGGCACUGUUAAGAUAUAAGCAUGAAUAGGCUAUGUAUUAGGAAAAGAUUUGGUUUAAAUAUCUUAAAUAGUGUUAAAUUAUGUAUGAGUACGAACUCAACCACAAUCAACGAGGAGGAAAUUUCAAAAUUCGAUGAACUAUCUAAGGAUUGGUGGAGUAGAGAUGGACCACUGAAAGCUUUGCAUUCCAUGAAUGCGUUGAGAAUACCAAUGAUAAGAGACAAGCUGAUUUCUAAUGGAGAAUACAAAACAACAUCGAAACCGCUCGAAUCAUUAAAAAUAAUGGAUAUCGGAUGCGGGGGUGGGAUUUUGACUGAACCCUUAAGUCGACUUGGAGCUACUGUAACUGGAAUUGACGCCUCGACAGGAAAUAUUGAAGUUGCGAAAAUUCAUCUAAAACUUAACCCUGCCCUUGAUAUAGAAUAUUUAGCGUGUCCCGUAGAAAGUCUAGUUGAAAAGAGAAAGGAAACUUAUGAUGCUUUAGUGGCUUCUGAAGUAGUUGAGCACGUAAACGACUUACCAAUAUUUAUUAAAGCAUGUUGUCAAUUAGUCAAGCCUGGAGGUCAAGCGUUUUUCACGACUAUAAAUCGAACUUUGUUGUCACACGCCCUCGCAAUUGUAGCUGGCGAAUAUAUAUUUCGAUUAGUUCCUCCUGGAACUCAUCAAUGGGACAUGUUCGUGCCACCAUCUGAUCUCAAGGACUUAUUGGAACAAAACGACAUGUCCGUGAAAAUGAUACAAGGUAUGACCCUGAACCCGCUCUCAAACACAUGGAGCUGGAUUGAUUGCGAUCAGCGAGUUAACCUUGGAUGGAACACUAUGUCUUUAAUUUCUCGUAUAAAACCCAUAGUAGGUCUUUUGUCAAAUGCUAAUAAAAGGAAGGCAUUAAAUUUAGUUGCAAAACGUCGGAUGGGUGAUUACGCAUGGAGGUACCGGACUGUAUAUGUGCCCCCAAGAUGGGCUGAACAUUUAGCCACAGGACUCGGUGUUGUGUUUUGGUAUUGGGUAAUGUUUCACCUUUAUUACGAUAGCGGUAAACUUUUAGGCCAUUAUUAUCCUCCUGACCCAUCCAAAUGGACAGAUGAAGAAUUAGGCAUACCUUCGGAUGAUGUCGAAUGA